AUUUACGGAUUGUUGCUGUCGUUGCUCACGUUAUCCAUCAGUCAGACGCCCUUUGACCUACGGGGUGAAGAGGAGGCCUUCCGGUCGUCUCCCGUUGACGCGUCGUGCGUGUGCUGCGUGCUGAUCACAUGUGGCAGACAUCAAAGGUUGUGUGGCUCCUCCCACCCGCCAACUCUCUCUCCAUCUGUGCGCUCUCAGGUGAACAGCGAUAAGAUCUACUGGCAGAGGAAGGCGAAUGGGACCUUCGGUCAGAUCUACAGUGAGAAGAACCUGGUGGGCCACUUCAUCAGCACCAAGGCCGUCGGCAGCGACGAGCGCCACGACAUCACGCACCUUUACAAGCACGCCGAAGGGUUGGAGGAGGAGCGCAUCGCCGUGGAGACGGCGUGUAGCUACGGCUCAAAAGCUGAGGCCUUCUCCAGCCCGCUGGCGCAGGACGUCUCCUUGGAGGUGACCAUGGACGGCGACGGGCCGAGAAUGGGCGGCGACGCAGAUCUGAGCAUCACGUUGAGAAACAGCAGCUCGGAGCCGCGGACGCUCGUCCUGCACAGCGCGGCGGCCGUCAUGUACUACACCGGCGUCCUCAAGGCCACCGUCAGGAAGGACGUGCUGGACGUGGAGCUGCAGCCCAGCGAAGUGAAGAGUCUGGAGUGGAGUCUGGACUACCAGCUCUACAGGGACCAGCUGGUGGACCAGGCGGCGCUGAUGCUGACGCUGUCGGGCCGGGUCAAACCAACGCAGCAGGUCCUCGCCACGCAGUUCAGUUUCCGCCUCCGCACCCCCGACCUCGUCAUCACGCCCGUCGGGGCGGCGACGGUGGGAGAAAAGAUGGCGGUGACGAUUUCAUUCACCAACCCGCUCCCACAAGUGCUGAAAGCGGUGAUAUUCCACGUGGAAGGACUGGGCCUCGUCCCGGCUCGAAAGAUCCGCUACGGAGACAUCGGCAGUCAUGCAUCCGUGUCCCUGACCGAGCAGAUCGUCCCGUCCCUGCCCGGCACCAGGAAGCUCAUGGCCUCGCUGGACUGCAGGCAGCUGACGCAGGUCCACGGCGUGGCCGACAUCACGGUGCUGCAGAAGUGAUCCAGAACGCUCAGCUGUCACCGAGACGAUUCCAAAUGCGGCCUCGGGUUCGGUGACAUCGGGAAAGCGGUACUCUGAAGAUACCAGGAGGGAUUUUACGGGUUUCACAGUGAACGGCGCGACACUUGAAGCUGAGGCGCAGUAAUCAUCGUGAAGACUCACAUUUAGAAGAUAGUUGGUGAACUUGUGUAGCAUUAAGACCGCUGAGCCGUGUACCGACUGACCGCCGGCUAACAGCCUUAGCACCACAGAGCUAAUGCUAAUCUGUCAGCUACGUCCCUCCUGGGACGACCUCGUGUAAAGUGGAGUCACAGACCUCAGGUUUUUUAUCUUGGUCAAAAUCAUCAACAUAAUCAUCAUAAUAUCUGCAUGAUAUUUGUAACACAAAAUGCCAUCCGUCCAUUUACAGCUUUAACUUUUUACCGUGUUUUAUUUGUUUGUUACCAUCUUGUUUUAUUGCAGCCAUGAGUGACACAACCAGAGGAGUCGCCCCCUGGUGGACAUUAGAGAAAAUGCAGCUUUGACACAUGAAGCAUUGGCUUCACUUUUAAAAGCGUGUUUUUAGGGCGACGGACACACAAGUGUGCAUGUAUGUUAAAAAAAGAAUAAACUGAUGAGGACAAAAUCAGGUAAAUAUUAAGAGAAUGUUGGCAUGUGAUUUGAAUGUAAACUGGUGGUGGAGCUCGUUUCCUCUGCUCCUCAUGUGUGAUUUCCUCGAGUCAAUGUUGGUUUGUUUACUCAGAAGAUUGUUUAAUUAUUGUUUCUGUGGUUCAUAUAAGACAAUAAGAAGUUGUUUGCUGUUUAA